AUGAAACAAAAAUUACAGAAAAUUUAAAAAAUGAAUUGUUCAGUUUGUUUGAGUGAUGAAUGUUAACUAUUCACAAGCAAAAGCUGUAAAUGUUUAUUCUGCUUUGAUUGUGUUCUUAAUUGGAUUGAAGAGAAAAUCAAUUUAAAAUAGUAAGUCGAUUCCAUCUCAUGUUUAAAUCAUAAAUGCAAGUAAAUAAUAUCCUUAGAAAACUUUCAACAAUCCAUAACAAACAAGCAAAUCGAAGAAAAGUUCAUGGAAAUAAUGCUAAAAAAUUAUUUUCAACAAACACAAGACAUUAGACCUUGUCCAAACAAUAAAUGCAGUUACUAUGCGUUUCUUCCUACCAACAGAUGCGGCAAAGAAUUCUCUUGUCAAUAAUGCAGUAAAAAACUUCAUUAAUAUAUUUAGAUUUUAAUUGGUUGGAUAAACAAUAUCUGUCAUAUGACAAGCUAUUCCUAUUGAAAGUUAAAGAUAUAAAGAGUGACAUCCUCUCAUCUGUGUUCGAAUUCAUUUCCACAUAAGAAUGCCCAAGAUGCAAUUCUAAAAUACUUAAAAAUGGUGGGUGUAGUCAUAUGACGUGUAAAAAAUGCCAAUUUUAUUAUUGCUGGAGAUGUAACAAUUAAUUGAAUGACGCGGUUCAUACUGAAACUCUAUGCCUAAUUAGAGUGCUCUGUUAUCUAUCGAUGAUCCUUCUCAAUAUUGCUGUUACAUUUUACAACUUGGGAUGGCUGCCAUACAUAUUCAUGGUCAUCUGGUACCCACUUUACGGACUGGGUCUCUCUUUGCUUUACAACUCCUAUGUCAUCUUACCUAUCACUAUUAUUGCCACAUUGAUUUAAACUUACAAACAAUGGCAAUCGUUGAACGCAUAGAGAAGGCAAAGAUUCAUCAAAUCCCAAGCAAUAGCCCUGAUUGCGUAAAUCAUAGUAUACACACUCUUGGCCAUAGCUACCAUUUACGAUAUUUUCAAUAUUAGCUUAAAUCAAGCUCUGACCUUUCAUUACUACUAAUUCAUUACCAUUAUGUCAGGAGGUUCAAUAGUGCUGGUUGUGAUGCUGUUCAACAAUUUCUUUUAUUAAAAUUGGCUCAAAUUUUUGAUUUGAAG